AUGCUACUCGGUGCGCCAGUCAGUUGGGGCAGCAAGAAGCAGCCAAGUGUUUCGUUGUCCACGAGUGAAGCCGAAUACAUCGCACUCAGCUUGGCGAUUCAAGAGGGCAAGUGGAUUCAUCGUCUGCUUUGUGAGAUCUUGAUGGCUGCCAAUGAAGAAGGACCGGAACUCAUGAUCCAUGAAGACAAUCAGUCGUGUAUCAAGAUGACGAAGAACCCAGUCAACCACGGCCGUGCCAAGCACAUUGAUAUCAAGUACCAUCACAUCCGUGAUGAGGUCAAGCGCGGUGAAGUGAAGCUCAAGUACUGUGAAACUGCGGUGAUGUUAGCGGACAUCAUGACGAAGGGACUUCACGGGCCACGCCACAAGGAGAUGACGGCGACUCUCGGGAUUCGUGAGCAUUCGGAUUGA